AUGCAUCAGACGCAUUCUCGUCCUAUCGGACCACGCACCCUUCCCCGGCCACAAUCGCCACUACCACCGCUCAACCUAACAGAGACUCGUCCGUUGGCCAUUCGCAAAAUAACCCAUGAUCAGCCAACUUUACACCCUUCAUCUGUUUCAUCAUCUCCCCCCCCAUUGGGCUCUUCUCCAGGUCCAUCGCGUCCCCAGAUUCCUGGAGCUCUUGGUCCAGGCCCAAGGCCCAAUCAAAGACCCAAGCUUCAUCUGCCAAUCGCACUUGAUGGUGGUAGUAGCAGUGCAGGUUAUUAUGAAGGUCCUGCAAUCAUCCCACCUGGAUUGGAUGGUGAGAACCCAGGCGGCGCAACAGUUCGGCCUUUCUUGACUUUACAAACACCACGUCCUCCCGAGCCUAUCGACGGUAGCGAUAACAGCAUUGCUCAGCUAAUUGCUGAAUUUGACAGGACUACCAUCGAGUCCUAUACCUAUACGCCUACAGAAGAGACUUCGACCAAUUAUAGCUCUAAUAAAUGGUCGGACGGUGUUUUAGAAGUCCUUUCACGACUUGGCGAAGGCCAGGGUGGAGCUGUCCAUAAAGUCAGAGAUCGACGUAACAACUUCAUCUUGGCCCGCAAGACAAUUACCACUCGCGAGGCGCCUUUAAAACAGCUCGAACGCGAGUUGACAAUUUCUGCGACGUCCAAACACCACAACAUAAUCCGUUUCUAUGGCGCCUAUAUGUCACCAUCGUCUAGUGAAGUCAAAGUCAUGAUGGAAUAUUGCGCUGGCCGUAGCUUGGAAGCCGUCGGAAAGCGAAUCAAAGAGAAGAACGCGCGUGUCAGCGAAAAAGUCGCUGGGCGUAUAGCCGAAGGGGUUUUGCAAGGCCUGAGCUAUCUUCAUUCGCUCAAAACCAUCCAUCGGGACAUCAAACCAUCUAAUAUCUUGCUAACUGGUGAAGGUGUCGUUCGUCUUUGUGAUUUUGGUGUCUCUGGAGAGCUUGUCCGCUCUAUGGCCGGAACCUUUACUGGCACUAGUUUCUACAUGGCUCCGGAACGCAUCAGCGGAAAGGAAUAUAGCAUUCGAGCUGACGUGUGGUCCACUGGAAUCACCCUCUUGGAACUUGUACAGAAUCGAUACCCAUUUCCCGAAGACCUUACUUCCAUUGAACUGAUUGUCUAUAUCACCCAGGGACAGCCGCCUCAACUGACCGAUGAAGAAGGUGAUAACAUUGUGUGGAGUGAUGAGAUGAAAGAUUUUAUUCGACAGACCUUGAUUAUUGACCAUCAAAUUCGCCCUACACCGGGAGGAAUGUUGUCUCAUCCUUGGAUCACUACCGUCAUGAGGCGAGAAGUGCCUAUGGCUCGCUGGAUCAGUCAAGUGUGGGACUGGCCUAAACAAACUAGAGAAGCGUAA